AUGACAAAAUUGAAAAAUGGAAUAUUUUGUUUACCAGAUAAAAAGUGGUAUAAGAAUGUCGAAGUCAAAAAUAGUAAAACAGCAAAAAAAUAUAUUUACAAAUGUAUAGAUAUAAGGAAAAUAGAAAAACAGUAUAAAUCAAAAAAGUUGGAGAAUUAUUACACAUACAUAAAUUUAUAUGAACAAAUUUUAUUGAAAUAUUGUUAUAAAAAUGAAGGAAAUGAAACCACAAAUAAAAGUGAUCUUAAUUUUUCAAGUAAAGAAAAUAACAACGAUGGGAUACAUAUAGAACAAAAAAACAUUAAAAAAAAAAUAAGACCUUUAUUUGAUGGUUAUUCUGUAACAAGUAUAUAUGUUUUUGAAAGCCUAAUUUUCCUUGCUUUGUCAGGUGGAAUUAUUAACAUUUUUGAUAAAAAUUUUAACUUAAUUUUGCAAAGAAAACUGGAUAAUUUUAACAUUAAAAAUAUAUCGGCAAAUAAAAAAGAAAACACAAUAUGCUUUGUUGGGAGUUCGGAUGAUAUACACAUUCUUUAUUUAGACGAAAUAAGCAAUCCAAAAGAGGAAAAUGACAUACAUGUUUGGGAUAAAAAAAUAAAAAACAAUAUUAAUGACAUUUCCAUAGUUGAUGUAGAGUAUAUAGCCAAUACAACAAUUUCUAAAUUUGGCACAGAAUUUGAUAAUACCGUCAUACAAUUCAAUAAACAGCUUUAUCAGAAUUUAAAUAAAAAUGAAAAAAUAUUUGUGGAUGGUUUUGUUCAUAAUAAUAUAGUUAGAUAUAAUAUCAACAGAUUAAACAAUUGUGUAAUUAACCCUCAUUUUGAUAAUUAUGAAAAUAAUAAUUUAUGUAUAUUAUCCUCAAAUACAACGGUAUCAGUUUUAUAUGUCUAUGGAUUUUAUAUAAACAAUACCGUUUUAUUUAAAGAUAAAAAUAUUUAUAAUAUUUAUUGGUAUAAUUCGUAUAUUUUUAUUUGCAAACAUGAUUCGGUUUAUAUUAUUAACUUUUUUUGUAAAACCAAAAUUGUGCAUAUGAUUUUGUCAUAUUCAUCGUAUUCUUUCGAGAGUAUAAGAACUAUACCUUCAUUUUAUGAGAAAGAAAAAGUGGAUGAAAUAAAAAUUGGAAAAAUUGAAAAAGAACGUUUUAAUUAUCCUAUUUUUAUUUGUGAAGCAGAAAAAGAAAUCUAUGUAAUAGGGCGAGAAAAAAAUAUUAAAGUUUUAAAAUUGGGAAAAAAAAAUCAAGCAGAAGAAGUAAAAGUUAUAUACGAUUUUUUUCUGACUAAUUAUAUAAUUAAUAUGUAUAUUUUUUACAAUAAAAAUAUGAGCAUGCUAUUAGGUGAUCAAAAAUAUUAUAUAUCUAUAAUAACACGUAUAAAUCAAAAUUUAACAAAAUCGAAAAAUAAAAAAAAGUGGAAUAAUACUUCAUUUGGUCAUAUUAUAUUAACAAGCAAUAAUUAUAUAGUCUAUAAAAAUAAUAUAAAUAUUAAAAGUGGGGAUAGUAAAUGUGUGUAUAUGAUUAAAAAUAAGAUGAAUGAUAACCGAGAAAAAUAUAUUUGUAGCAAAAUUCAUGGAAAUACUAAACUAAUUGAAGAAAGUAAACAAAUAAAUGACGAAAAAUGUGUAGACCAUCAUCAUAAUAAAUUAAAAUAUAUAGAAGAGCAUAGUUUCAUUGACACUGCCUCUAUAAAUGACAUUACUGUUAAUAAUUGUGGAACAUUUUCAAUUUUCCAAUACUGCAAAUAUAGCAACUGCCAUAAAAGAAAGGAUAAAAAGAAAGGGGUAAAUAACGAAGGAAAUUUCUGCCUAUAUAUUUAUCACAAUAAUAAUGCAAUUUCAAAUAAUUUUGAUUUAUAUGAAAAUAAUAGCAAUAGUAAGAAUGAAAUGUGUAAUUUUUUAAUGGGUUUUAGAGAAAAAAAUAUUAUGGAAAUAUUCACAUAUUUAUUAGAAGAAAAAAGAAAAAAUAUAUUUACAAUUUUAAAUAAGCUUAAAAAGGAAGAAAUAAAAAGAUCCAAUAAUGAAUUAACUAAUUUUAUCGUACAAAUAAUUUAUUUGUGUUUAAAAUAUGGAAAAUGUUAUUUGGCUGCAAAAAUAUUUAUUAAAUUAAAUGAAUAUUUUUAUAAUAAACAAAAAGUAACUUAUGACAUUAUUGUGCUUUUCUUUUUUUUUAAUAAAUUGCACAUUUUGUCAAAGUUUUACACCAAACUUAAGCGUCACGAAAGAGAAAAAGUAAAAAAAAAAAAAUAUAUAUAUAAAUAUAUUUAUUUAUGUAAAACAGAAAAUAAUUAUACUAUUAUACAAUUACCAAACAUAUUGGGAAAUAGGUGUAGAAGGAAUAAUUAUAAAAAAAAAAAAAAAAUUAAGAGUAUAGUGUACGUUAUUUAUCAUGCAAUGCGUAUUAUUAAAAAAAAUAAAUUGAAAAGGAAAAAUGAAAAAGAUAAGAGAAAAAAAAAAAAAAAAAAUAUAUAUUAUUUUUUUAAUACAAAAAAUAUAUUUAAUAAAUUUUUAAUUCUAUUAUUAUUAAAUGAUGUUUAUGAGUUCAAUAAAAUAUAUAAAUGUUCCCCUAGUCAUUAUUUAAAUAUUUUUAAAUUAAGUAAAUAUAUUAUAUCCUAUCUUAGAAAUAAUAUAGGCUAUUUAAAAAAAAAUAUAUUAAACCGAUUUAAUUUGUUUGACCUUACAUCAUUGUUGAGUAGGUACAAUAUAAAAACUGAAGAGGAGAAAAAUAAUAAAGUAAAGAAUACGAAAAUAAAAAAUAACGAUACCAUACAUUCUACUAGUUAUAAUAAUAAUUUUUAUGAUAAAAAUAAAAAGAAUAGUAAACUAGGUCAAUAUUACAACUAUAAAUCCAAAAGUCAAAAUUUCAAUUCUGAAAAUUUUUCUUUAGUAUCUUGGAAAAAAAAAAAAAAAUUCGAAAAAAAAAUACUUUUAGAUAUUCUUCUAAAUAUACUUUUUAAAUGUAAUUAUUCUUAUCCAAUCGAACUAUUAUUAUGUAGAACUCAAGAAAAAAAAAAAAAAAAUAUAUGCAAAGUUAAUGAUAAACAUACAUUUAUUAAUCAUAAUUUUAGUAACAUAAACUGUGGGUAUGAGAUUGAAAAAGAUACAAGCAAGCAUCUUUGUCAAAAAAACCAAGGGAAUGAACAUAAUUCAACAAGAAAAUAUAUGCAUAAAAUAUCCAAAGAUCGGAUAACGAAAAAAAAAAAAAAUAAUAUUAUAACAAACUCAAAUAGUAAUAUAAUCUCGAACGAUUUUCCACUUUCUAGGGAUACUUUUAUUACAUGCACAGAGGAAAUACCAUAUUUGUAUGAUAAGUCUGAGCAUAAUGAUAAAAAUAAUAAAAACAAAAACAAUAGUAGUAUUUUCAUAAAUAUGAACUACACAAAAUUCCGCGAAAAGUAUUAUAAAGGAGAAAAUGUAGGAAAAAAACGGAAACCUCAAAUUGUUAAAAUAAAUGAAAUUGACAAAACGAGGAUACACACAGAAUACACAAAAUAUGAUGAAUGUAAUAAAAAAAAAAAACUGAACAAAUAUAAUGAUAUAAAAAAGGAAAAAAUAAUUAAUAUGUUAAUAGAAAAAAAAGAUGAAACUGUAUUUUAUUAUCUCAAUCAAUGUAAUUGUCAAUGUUUAAAAAAAAUCAUAAAUAAAAAUGCCAAUAAAUUGUGCCAAAUUAAUAUAAAAAAAACUAUUCCUUUAUUACUCAUUAAAAAUAUAAAAGGAAAGGGGACAGAAAAUUGUGAAUAUUUUUUUAAUCCUAAUAUUAUUAUCAAAAAAUUAAAAAAAAAUCCUUAUUUUUUAUAUAGAUAUUUAAAAAAACUUCAAAAUGUUGAAUAUUUAAGAAUAUAUAUCGAUUUAUUUAUUUUUUUAAUAUUUAUUUUUGAUCCGUUAUUAUUAAUUAAAUUCCUGAAUAAAUAUUACAAGUAUAUAAAUUUUAAGAGGGUACAUUUUUUUGCGUCUUUUUUUAAUUAUUUUUAUCUUACCAUCGAAAAAGAAAAAAUAAAUCUUAAUUGUGAUAAUAAUACAAAUUAUUCUGAUAAACCAUCAAAAUCUGAUUCAUUUCAAAUAUACACUGAAAAAAUAAACAUAAAGGACGAUUCUGAAAAUUUCCAUAAAUUGUCAAUAGAAGAAAACAAUGUAAACGAGCCAUUCAAAUGGGAAAACAAAGAAGAUACUAUUUCUGAGUUUAAAGAUAUAUAUCAAGCAAACAAAAUAGGCGAAAGACUAAACAGUUGGAAAAUAAAAGAAGAAUGGAUGAAAAGAAAAAAUAAAAAAAAAUUAAAAAAAUGUUUUAAAAAUGAAAAUAUAAGUUUGUUAUACAACUAUUUACUUAACAAUAAUGUAGAAAAAAAUAAAUUAGUAGAUUUAUUUAAUUUUAUAAAAAAAGAAUCAAAAAAAAACAAAAAAUGUCCAAAAAAAAUAAAUCUUUUUAUGCACGUAGAAGGAUAUAUAUAUAUAAAACUUGGAUAUAUAAAUAAAGCUAUAGAUAUAUAUAGAAAAUUGUGUAAUUAUGAAGAAGUUUAUUAUCUUAUUAAGCACUAUAAUAUAUCGGUGCAAGAAAAUAUAAAAAAAGAGGUCGAGAAAUUUCUACUAUUGAAUAGUUAUAAUUCUAUAGAAAAUAAAAUAAAUAAUGAUUAUAUAAAUGGAAAUAUAAAGAGAAUAUAUAAUUCCCAAAAAGAAUUAAACAAUUUUAAUGAAAACACAAAUAACUGUACUCGUGAUAUUACAAUUUUUAAUUCAAAAAAAAAUGGGGAUAAUAUUUUUCAUGAAGAAGAAAUAAAAAGAAACAAAAAAAGAGGUAUAAUAAAAAACGAAAAAAUAAUUAAAUUAAAAAAAAAAAAAUUAAAAAGUAUUAAAAAUAAAACAAAUGUAAUUGAGUAUUAUAUUAGUAAUAGUAUCGAUUGUGAUAAUAUGGACAAGGAAAUUAUGCAUGAUUUAUAUUCAGAAGAUAUAAAAAAAAAAAAAAAAAAAAAAUGUAAGAAUAACCAAAUUGAUAUAUUAUGGAAUAACGAUAAAAAAAAAAUGAAAAAAAUUCGUGGGCAAAUUUUAAAACAUUUUUUACUCGAUCAUAUGUGUAAAGAAAUGAACUAUAGUACACUAGUUAAUAUCCUUCAAGACUUAUAUUAUAAAAAUGAAAUUUUAGUAAGUUAUAAUUCUAUACUAAGCAACGAUAAAAUAAAUAUAUUUAACAUGUUUAAUGAAGUAAAAAAAAAAGGAUAUAUUAUAUAUAAUGGUAAAAUAAGAAAAGAAAUAAAAAAAAAUGAAUUAAAGUUGAUAAACAUAAAUGAAGAUUAUCUUUUUAGCAAUAAUGAUUAUGAAAAUAAACAAAAAAAUAUGAUAUUUAACGAAUCGAUAUUACAAAGUUUAAAUAAAAAUAAUACUUUAGAUAUACAUAAUGAAAGAACAUAUAACACACAACAAAAUAUACCGCCAAAUUAUUAUUUUUACGAUGAAAUACGAAAAAAAACGAAUGUUUCAGAGUUAUCUUCUUUUUGUGUUGCAUGCUUAAAUAAUAUAUAUCAUGAUGCAGGUUUAUUUUCAAAAAAAAAAAAAAAAAAUAUGGACCUGAAAAGUAGUCAUAAAAUUAAAAAUAAUAUUGUCUUUUUUUUUUGUAAUCAUAUUUAUCAUUUAAGAUGCUUGAAAGACAAUGAAUUUGUAUGUGAAAUAUGCUCAUAA